CCCUGGGAACAUCCAAACGGCCCCCUGUUUCGUGACCACCCAGCGGUACUCUUGACUCUCUCUCUCUCUCUCUCUCUAUGUGGCGUAGCCGCUCUUUGUUUUCGAAAUCCAAAUCCAAAUCCAAAAUUGUUGGAAACCUGCCCGCGCUUUUGCUUUUAGUUUGCGAUUUGUCAACUGAACGCUACCGUGGGGAGGGUUUUUGGAAUGGAGCCGGUAGCUUCAGUUGUGGAUAAACUGAAAUGCUUCGCCAAAUCGACCCAAGAUUUCGCCGACGGCGUCUUUCACUGGCGCGAAAGGUCCACUCGCCGCAAUCCGAUUGAAAUCUUGAAACGGCUGCAGCGAGAAGCAUUUUCAGAUCUCAUGAAACUAAGAGACAGACAAGACAAGGUAGAACGAGUGCUUUCCUUCUACAAGUCUGCAAAGGGAAGUCCAUUCCAAGAAUCUACCACCCAUGUAAGGGGAGAGGUUGAUAUUUUGGGGGCUUUAUUAAUGAUGGAUAAUGUUGAUCAGCAGAAUUAUGAUGCUAUAAAGAGAAGAAUUAACACAGGCAUUCAUACAACUUUCACAUUUGAAACCACUAUUCUGCAGAAAGACACACUAGCAGCAGAGUUUGUAGCUAGUGGAAAAGGACAGGAAGAUGUUUUAGGUGGUCCACUUUCACUAGCAAAAGUGUCUUAUGCUGCUAAUAUUAGUGACUGGUUCUCUGUGUCUGCAAUUCCAGUUGGAGCUUAUUGUCGAGAUGUUGGAAUUGCUACAAAUUCUCCUAAUCAGAAAAGGGCCCUCACCAAUUAUUCUUCGUUGGGACCACCCUUGUUGAAUCAGCACUGCGGUAGUGCUUUUGGCUUAAUGGUGAGAAAAUCAAACAUUGUUGCUUCUUUGGCUCAGUUUGUCACUAGUUUAGGAAUGCAACGUAGCUCUGUUGGAUUCAUGCAAUGUUUCAGCACUUUUGGGCAAGUUGCCUGUCAGCUAUCAAGGAGUACGAAACUCUCACUUCUAGGUGUACACCAAGUGCCUAAAUUGUCGAUUCAAAAUAUCAAUCUUGGAGCCCUAACCAUGCCAGUUGGGAUCUUGAGACGUCAUAAAGUUCCUGAUACAUCUUCUGAGGUGUCUGCUCCGGCCAAUGGAACAGAGGCAGCAGGAAAUAUCUUGUCAGGAUCUGUUGCUUUGAUGCUGGAGACGGAACUUGAUGAAAGUACCAGAAUUGGAGGUUGGUUUGAGAUGAAACAAUCUAAUCCAAGAUAUCUACAAUGGGCUGUUUCAAUGUCUGAUACUCCUGAAGACGAUUUUGGAUGGGGUCUGAGUUUGGGUGGAUUGAUCCAAGGUCCCACCAGUUGGGACCAUUUUCAGGUUGAAACCUUCCUGAACUUCAACUUUGGUAAGAGAUUCAGGCUGCAGCCAGCCCUAGUAUAUGCUAUGGAUGGACCUACCCAAUUUCCUGCCUUGAUGCUGCGUUCUACUUGGUCCAUAUAGUCAAGUCACACUUUUUGCAUUUCCCCUGUUAAAUUAUGAGGUGUCGUAUUUGCUGGACAAGCAUUUCACGUCGCCGCGGGUAAGGCCCUGCAAACUUUGCAAACUUUUUUACAUACUAUAUCGUAAUUGUCUUUUGGAAUGAUGUAGAAUCCCAUUUAUCCCAAGGAAGGUUAGGGUUAUAAAACAUAGCACAGCAGUAGACUCUGGUGCUGCCAAGCAAGCAGCUGCGUGCUUGGAGCAUCUCCUACAUUUUAUUAUUGCAUUUAAACACUGUACAGGUGAUGAAUCUUUUUAACUGUUCAGCCUUGUACAGGUUUGCUAGAUUCAAUUAGAAAUGGUAGGUUAUGUAACGUAUUUCUGAUUUCUGCUGAAAAUUUACCAUGAUCUCAUCUGUUAUUUAUUAUUCAUCAAGAACUAUUAAGGUUUCUCUUA